CCAAAUUGCCUCACCGUACCGGAGUCCCCCCGCCGCAUCACUACCUUACCCAGUCAGCUUCCGAUCAUCGCUUGCCUGACUUCACUUUAGAAUCAUCACGCAACACAAAUCUUCAGGGAAAGCAACAGAAAUCUCGGGGGCUACACCGAUCGGAUGGGAGGAGAGAAAGGGAAACCGACCAACUUGUCUGAUAUUGAGGACGACGACGAGGAACCAGGGGAGGUGAUCGAUUCAGCUCCCCCUCAAAAUGUUGGAGAAGAGAGAGAGCUAGGUAGUUUGGGUCUUAAGAAGAAGCUCCUCAAGGUUGGGGAAUCUUGGGAAACCCCCGAGUUUGGCGACGAAGUCACUGUUCACUAUUUGGGUAGUCUGCUUGAUGGGACAACAUUUGACUCAACGAGGGAUAGAGGGGAACCAUUGACGUUUAAGCUUGGUCAAGGUCGAGUAGCAUAUGGGUUGGACCAUGGGAUUAUCACUAUGAAGAAGGGGGAACGUGCAUUGUUCACAUUGCCUCCUGAAUUGGGUUAUGGAGCUGAAGGCCGUGAUAGCGUGCCACCCAAUUCAGUUGUCCAGUUUGAUGUGGAACUUCUCUCAUGGAUUACUGUAGUGGAUGUGUGCAAAGAUGGUGGUAUCAUCAAGAAGAUUAUGGAGAAGGGCAGGAGGAAUGAAAAGCCUGGUGAUUUAGAUGAAGUUCUAGUGAAGUAUCAAGUGGCACUAAUUGAUGGGACUAUAGUUGCAAAAACACCUGAAAAAGGAAUUGAGUUUUAUGUGAAAGACGGUCAUCUUUGUCUGGCUUUGCCAAAAGCAAUCUCAACCAUGAAAUGGGGAGAGAAGGUCAAACUAAUUGUUCAACCUCAAUAUGCUUUUGGGGAGGACGGAAGGGUUGCAAAUGAUGGAUUCGCAGCAGUCCCACCAAACUCUGUUCUGAAUAUUGAAUUGUGGUUGUUAUCAUUCAAGUCUGUUAUUGAUGUCACUGGUGACUGCAAGGUGUUCAAAAAGAUCAUCAAAGAGGGGGAGGGUGCUAUUGUUGCAAAUGAAGGUGCAAGCGUAACCAUUAGCUAUACAGGUAGGUUAGAAGAUGGCACUGUGUUUGAGAAAAAGGGUGUUGAUGGAGUACAGCCAUUAGAGUUUACCACAGAUGAAGAACAAGUCAUUGCUGGUUUGGACCGAGCAGCAGCAACAAUGAAGAAGGGGGAACAGGCAUUGUUGACAAUAAGUCCAGAGUAUGGCUUUGGGAGCAUGGAAGUGAAGUGUGAUCUUGGUACAGUCCCUCCAUGUUCCAAUGUGGUCUAUGAAGUUGAAAUGUUGAAUUUUAUCAAGGAGAAAACUCCUUGGGAGCUGAAUAAUCAGGAGAAAAUUGAGGCUGCUGGGAAAAAGAAAGAAGAAGGCAAUAUACUAUUUAAAAGUGGGAAGUAUCAACGAGCAGCAAAGAAGUAUGAUAAGGCUGCAGAUUAUGUCAGUGAAGAUGCAUCCUUUGGGGAUACUGAGGAAAAGCUGGUAAAAGCAUUAAGGGUAUCUUGCUGGUUGAAUGGUGCAGCAUGUAGCAUCAAAUUAAAAGAUUUUCAGGAAGCAAUCAAGUUAUGUUCCAAGGUGCUAGAUAUUGAGUCCUACAAUGUUAAAGCUCUUUACAGACGAGCACAAUCCUAUAUGGAAAUUUCAGAUUUAGUUUUAGCAGAAUUGGACAUCAAAAAAGCACUUGAGGCUGAUCCUCAAAAUAGGGAGGUGAAGCAAAUUCAGAAUACAUUGAAACAACUUCAAGCUGAGAGCAACAAGAGAGAUGCAAAACUCUAUUCAAAAAUGUUUGCACGAAUGACAAAAAACUCAUCCACAACCACCAAGAAAAUGAAGCUUGAGAAGGCAGAGAAUGAGAAGCAGGAAGAGGUGGUAGCAAUGGAAGUGGAAACCAACACUGAUAAUUCAGCACCUUCUGAAAAUGGUUGCUAAUGAGUAUCCAUACAUAUGGAAAAUGUAUAGGUAAUAUAUGUAAUGAUAAUCCUUAGAGACCGAUACAAUUGGAAAAUAAAGACAAUGCAUAAAGAGAAUAGAUCCUUGUACGUUUCAAUUUUCAAAUACCCUUACGUCCCAUGUACAAGCCCUUUCAGCAUCCGUAAUU